UUGGGUAGUGCAUCAUCAGUUCCUCUUGUCAUGUUAGUCAUUGCAGACCUUAGAGCUAUUUAUAACUUGUCAGAAAUGUCCAGAUCAACUAGGCCAUGUCAGCUAAUGUUUUUUAAAUUUAAUUUAGUAUUUUUGUUUAACUGCAACAUUUUAUUUGCACCCCAUGACAACAUUUAUAGAAUUGCAGGAAAUAAGCUUUAAGCUUGCAAAAUUCUCUCCACCAAUGAGGGGAGUGAGCAGUUUCCCAUAGAAAGCGUCUGGGAACCCCUGUAUUAGAGGACGUGUUUUAAUUGAGUGGCUCGUAUUGCACUCACCCAACACGGAUGUGUUUACCGCAGAUGUAGGUCACACAGGUCCCUGCUUUUUGCAUUGUCACUUUCUGAAUUUGCCUAGGGGCUCUGAUGGAUCCAUCAUGGUUUCCUUUUCGAUAGAUUAUGACCUUGUGGGCAUGCCAGACGCCACUUAUGCACAUUUGGCCAAUAGGUUAAGGAAAACCCAGAUUUGGUUAUCAUAACACCAGAAGGAGGAAUCCCAGUGCUGUAGGUGGUCAUGAAUGACAUUAGUGUGUGGGUGUGGUGUACCACUUAGGCAGGAAAGUAGGGCUUUCCUAGCACCACACUUAUGCACACAGUUAUAGUAAAUAUUGACUGUCAAUUAUUGCAUUACAAGUACAUCUGUGUGCCACACAGGAAACAAGGGCAUUCCAGGGCACCAAGGACAGUUGAUUACUGAUUUACCUUGGAUUCCCUCCCUUUCAUUUAGCCCACAUACUAUGCUGCUUUAGUUUGGCCACUUAUAAGAAUGUUCAUGUAAGGCAUAACCUCCUGUUUUAGAGCAGGAGAAGAGGAGAAUGACCUGACUGCAUUACCCAUGUCGAAAACAUCUCUGUACGCAGGUUAUUCUCAGUAGUUUCUAUUACCACCUGGAGAGUAGGCCUACAUUUCAGCAGGGUUUAAGAACAUGCAUAGCAGUAAGGAUUAUGUAAGUCCCCCUCCCCAUCCUGGCUGAGUGCGGGCAGGCAUUGGAAAUGGGGCACUGUGUCAUUGGGGUGGUUAUGACAUUCUCCUCUCCAGUCCUCGCAGCUUUGACCUACAUUCAACCCACCGCUCAACCCCACUUCCUCCUGAGAUCUAGACUUCUCUUAUAGUAGCUGCCCUAUUAGCCGGAGAUUGAGCCAGGCAGCUCACAUUACAGUGGGGCAAAAAAAUAUUUAGUCAGCCACCAAUUGUGCAAGUUUUCCCACUUAAAAAGAUGAGAGAGGCCUGUCAUUUUCAUCAUAAGUACACUUCAACUAUGACAGACAAAAUGAGAAAAAAAAUCCAGAAAAUCACAUUGUAGGAUUUUUAAUGAAUUUAUUUGCAAAUUAUGGUGGAAAAUAAGUUCCACUGGAUGUCAUAAGGUGAAUGCACCAAUUUGUAAGUCGCUCUGGAUAAGAGCGUCUGCUAAAUGACUUAAAUGUAAAUGUAAAUGUAUUUGCUCACCUACAAACAAGCAAGAUUUCUGGCUCUCACAGUCCUGUAACUUCUUCUGUAUUAAUGGCACCUGUUUGAACUAGUUAUCAGUAUAAAAGACACCUGUCCACAACCUCAAACAGUCACACUCCAAACUCCACUAUGGCCAAGACCAAAGAGCUGUCAAAGGACACCAGAAACAAAAGUGUAGACCUGCACCAGACUGGGAAGACUGAAUCUGCAAUAGGUUCUUACUCCAGUGUCUGGAGGACCUAGACGCCAGCCUCCGCAAGCUCCACUCCCGUCUGUUUGUCAUCCGGGGCCAGCCUACUGAUGUCUUCCCCAGGCUGUUCAAGGAAUGGCAGAUUAGCCGGCUGUCUUACGAGUACGACUCUGAGCCCUUCGGCAAGGAGCGUGAUGCCGCCAUCCAAAAGCUGGCCAGCGAGGCCGGGGUGGAAGUCACGGUCAAAGUCUCCCACACACUCUACGACCUAGACAAGAUCAUCGAGCUGAACGGAGGCCAGUCCCCUCUCACCUACAAGCGUUUCCAGGUGCUCAUAAGUCACAUGGAUGCCGUGGAGAUGCCCGCCGAGACCAUCACCGCUGAGGUCAUGCGGAAGUGUGCCACGCCCAUCAGUGACGACCACGACGACAAGUUUGGCGUGCCGUCCUUGGAGGAGCUUGGCUUUGAGACAGAAGGCCUGGCUACAGCAGUAUGGCCGGGGGGAGAGACGGAGGCCCUCACUCGCCUGGAGAGGCACCUGGAGAGAAAGGCGUGGGUGGCCAACUUUGAGCGUCCCCGGAUGAACUCCAACUCCCUGCUGGCCAGCCCCACGGGCCUCAGCCCCUACCUCCGCUUCGGCUGCCUCUCCUGUCGCCUCUUCUACUUCAAACUCACUGACCUCUACAGGAAGGUGAAGAAAAACAGCUCUCCGCCCCUCUCACUUUAUGGCCAGCUGUUGUGGCGCGAGUUCUUCUACACCACGGCCACCAACAACCCCUGCUUCGACAAGAUGGAGGGCAACCCUGUGUGCGUGCAGAUUCCCUGGGACCGCAACCCAGAGGCGCUGGCCAAGUGGGCCGAGGGGAGGACAGGGUUCCCCUGGAUCGACGCCAUCAUGACCCAGCUGAGGCAGGAGGGCUGGAUCCACCACCUGGCCAGACACGCCGUGGCCUGCUUCCUGACCCGGGGAGACCUGUGGAUCAGCUGGGAGGAGGGCAUGAAGGUAUUUGAGGAGCUGCUGCUGGAUGCAGACUGGAGUGUGAACGCAGGCAGCUGGAUGUGGCUCUCCUGCAGCUCCUUCUUCCAGCAGUUCUUCCACUGUUACUGCCCCGUGGGCUUCGGCAGGAGGACAGACCCCAACGGAGACUACAUACGGCGCUAUCUUCCCAUACUGAAGGGCUUCCCGGCCAAGUACAUCUACGACCCCUGGAACGCACCCGAGAGCGUGCAGAAGGCGUCCAAGUGCGUGAUCGGUGUGCACUACCCCAAACCCAUGGUGCACCACGCCGAGGCCAGCCGCCUCAACGUGGAGAGGAUGAAGCAGAUCUACCAACAGCUCUCCUGCUACCGCGGCCUGGGGCUGCUCGCGACAGUGCAUGCCAAUCCUAAUGACAGUGGAUACGGUGCAGGGGUCAUGACGGGUCCAAUGCCAGGGCACUCCCAUGAAGAAAUCCAGAAUGAGGGAGCCGCUCAAGCAGGCAGAGGACAGGUCGUUGUGAAGCGUCGCAAUGAGGACCUCACACCGGGCUGUAGCCACAAGGCCCGGAGGCAGACCAGCAACUAGUGCCUGAAGAGGAGAAGAAAGAGGGAAUUCCAGCCACUCUGCUCUCCAGCAGAAUUGACCAGCGCCUCAACGUUGCGUUCUCCUUCCCUGACUCUGUCAACUCUACAGGAGCACAUCUACCUCAGUUAUGUGAGCAGCAGCAGGAAUGGAGGAGGAGAGAAGGCUGCAAGCAUUCCACAAACUGCCAGCUUUCUGUGAAGUCAGCUGGCUAAAUGGAACAUCCAACCACAUGAUGCCCAGAGAACUAAUGGUCUGUGACCUUCUGUCUCUGUGGAGAAUCUCAAACCCACAGCUCAAAUCACAAGUCCACAGUGACACUGUCCCCAGUGUUACUAGAGGGAGGUAAUGCUGUCUCACAAGAUGACUCUCUUUAACAUGCACACCACCAAACUGUCUUGAAUAGAAAUGUUGGCAUCACUAUAAUUAAUUCAAAGAACAUGGAUGCACAAGUUAUAUUUGCUGAAAGAACACUGGGUGGUGGCUGUGUUUGAGUCUGAGGGCAUGCUAUGUGCAGUAUAAUAUACAGUCUUAGCCUUUGGGAAUGGCAUCAGCCUCAAGCUGAUAACACGAUUACCCAACCUGGAAUUGUCAGGUCAAAUGCCCCUAGUUAUUCUAUAGGGUAUAAUGCCGCCUUCAAGUGCUGUUGGAUAUUCAGAAAUCAAAGGUUCUGAGGAGCAUUUAAAGGCAGCAGAAGUGCAUAAUACAUUUUAUAAACACAUUUGUAAAUGUUUUAAGGGAAGUAUAUAACCCUUUCUGUAUAUAAGUGUGUGUGUGUGUGUGUGUGAGUGAUUCAACUCACAAUUUGUACAGUAAUAAUUUGAUAUAGCAUGAUUUUGUUUUCUUGUAACCCAAUUGUUAUUUGUGUGUGAAGACUGACAAAUUGACUAUUCUUUAUGUAUCUGUAGUAAAAGGUUAAAAAAAUGAA